AUGAGCCUUAGUCCCUGCAAGGUGAUGCCAGAGGCCUGGUCCGAGCUGGAGGCGCCGGCGGAGCGGGAGCCCCAGCGGAGGAGCAGGAGCCCAGGUCGGAGGCGAGGCGGGAACCCAUGGCAGGGCCGGGCUCAGAGCCGCUCCCGGCCUCUAAGCACAACAUCACCGUCGGAAAACCAGGUGUCCGAGAGACCCCGUUGCCACACCAACUGCCUGGAGGCGCCCCUCUCCUGCCUCUUCCGAAGGCUGGGAUGCGAAGUGGGCGCGCACCCCUGGAUCUUCCUGCUGGUGCCCAUGGUGCUGACGGCCGCUCUGGGCACCGGUUUGAUUUACCUGCCCAAGGAUGUAGAAGAAAACCUCGAGGAGCAGUACACCCCAAUAGGGAGCCCAGCCAAGGCCAAGGGGCACUUUGUGCAGGAACGCUUCACCGCCAACGACUCUUACCGCUUCUCCAUCUCCAGGAAGAGCACCGAGGUCAAUUUCGCUUGUAUUCUAGCGGUCUCCAACACCACCUCCCUGCUAGAACCAGCAAUCUUAUCAGAAGUUAGUAAAGUGGAUGACGUGAUCCAGGAUCUGUAUGCGAUGGGAGAAAACGGAACCCAGAUCCACUACAAUCAGGUGUGUGCCAAGCACCAGGGUCUCUGUGUGCCUUCCAACCCACUCCUGUAUGCCUGGCAGAUGAACAGGGUCCUCGACCUGAGAAAUGUCACUUUCCCAAUCUACAACCACACCGGUCAGCCCAUCUACCUGGCUGGCACCAUUGGAGGAACCUUCUUAGGCGAGAGGAUGGGAAUGAACCAGUUACUCCUGGAAGCCAAAGCUGUGAGGCUGCUCUACUACCUGAAAACUGAGGAUGGAGAGGACAACAAGCGUAGUAAGAAAUGGUUGACCCAUUUUGUGAACCAAUUUAGCAACAUUGAAAAGAGUCUGGCCUCGAAGAGGAUCCAGGUAUCCCGUGGCUGA